AUGUCCAAUCGACAAAGAACAACAUCCAGUACUCGAAGUUCGCAAGCAUCAGGAACUCGAAACUCGCAAACACCAAGAAGUUCUCAAGCAUUGUACAAAACCCUGCUCCAACACAAACUUCUACAGCAACUGUGCCCGUUCAAGAUCAGAAAGGGAACCUGCUGCAACAGAGCAAAUUCCUCCUCCAGCACAGGAAAACGUGACAGCGGUUAA